GGAGUCAACUGACCUGUGCUCUGGGUUUGUCUUUGCAGUGUAGACACAGUACCCAGCCUGCCUCCCUCUGGGUGUGUCUCCCUCGUGCCGUCGGGUUGCCACGCUGAUCACUUUUCUCCUUGUUCUUGCAGUUUGAGAUUGUCUCCCAGGAGCGUCCCUAGCCUCGCCUGGCAUGGAGGACGGUCUCACCAGGCCUGCGAGCCCAGCAGGGCUCUCCUGGUACAUGGCAGUCUCUCAGCUGUUAGGUUUGACUGUGAUCGCCAUGACCGGCGCCUGGAUGGGCCAGUACCGGGGCGGUAUUGCUUGGGAAAGCGUGCUGCAGUUCAAUGUCCACCCUCUCUGCAUGGUCAUUGGCAUGGUCUUCCUCCAAGGGGAUGCUCUCCUGGUUUACCGGGUCUUCAGGAACGAGACCAAGCGCUCAGCCAAAAUCCUCCACGGGCUCCUCCACGCCUUCGCGCUGCUCAUCGCCCUUGUGGGGGUGAUCGCCGUGUUCGAUUACCACAGGAAGAAAGGCUUUGCAGACAUGUACAGCCUGCACAGCUGGUGUGGAAUAGCAGCCUUCAGCCUCUACUUCAUCCAGUGGCUCAUGGGCUUCAGCUUCUUCCUGUUUCCUGGAGCAUCCUUCUCGCUCCGCAGCAGAUACAAACCGCAGCACGUCUUCUUCGGCGUCUUCCUCCUCGUUCUCUCCAUCGCCACCUGCCUGCUGGGCAUCAAGGAGCUGCUCCUCUUCAGUAUCCAGGCCACCUACAGCUCGUUCGUGCCUGAAGGGAUCCUGGCCAACGUCCUGGGCCUGUUGCUGAUCGUCUUUGGCCUGGUGAUCGGCUACAUCCUGACGCGGGACGAGUGGAAGCGGCCGCCCCUGGCUGAGGAGCUGGCCCUGUCCAUGGAUUUUAAAACCCUCACUAAAGGGGAGAGCCCCAGCAGCAGCCAGUGAUGGCUCCCUGGCUGGGGAGCUCCCCCCAGAGGCAGGGCGGGGGUGGACUUUGUGGUCGUUGCUCACUCCUGCAUGUACUAGCCCCUCCGGUGUCUGUUGCUGGUGUGUUGGUGUUGCUGUGACCUCUCUGCCACCUGCUGGUUGUUACGCAUACAGCUGGUGCGAGGGGGGGGGCAUCUGCUUUGACCCCCUGUCUGCAGGGGAGCUGUGUGCCAAUGCGGCAGCUCCCAGCCCCAUCCUGGUAAUAGGCAUCAUGUCGCUCUGGGACACUGGGUUGUGCCAUGUUCUCCCACUGAGCCCUUAUGCCAUCCAUGGCCACUCCCCUGCCACCCAAAUCAUGGGGGAUGGGCUUUGGAUGUGCCAGGCUCAGGGGCAUUCCCGGCUGGCUGAGCUGCUGGGCGGGGGUUGGCUCCCUCGCCCCUCAAGCAGCAGGACGGCAGCACUUCCAUUUCCCAGCCUGUCUGGCAAGUUAGCUCGAGGCCCACUAACACAUCUAACUCAAGUGUGGACGAAGGUCAGGGCCUGGCUCGCUCCUUCAGUUGCCUGCACUGACGACUUCUCCCUCCUCGAGUUCACUCAGAAUGCCAAGCGGUGUGUCUAACACCACGCUCCAUGGCAGCCAAACCCAGUCCUCGAGGACCCUGGUUUUAAACCCGCCCUCACUUGCAUGCAAAGCUUUUUGUCUCUCUCGGGCUAGGGUAUUUUUAAUGAGCACUUGGUAUUUGUGCUAACCCGUCUGCAGCCUCCUGCUGGCAGCAGCACCUCUCUCUGAUCAGUCAGCGGGGGGGGCAUGUACAUGUGCUGCUGUCUGCCCCGGGUCAGAUAACCCCCCCGGCCCUUAAACCCAGCCUAGACAUCAGUGUUUUUAGAAAUCCUCAUCCCUGGUGCCUCUCGUUCCUGACGGGGCCGCCCCAGCUCCAUUCUGCUGAGAUAAGGCAGCGCUUCAGCCAGCUGAUGUUGAGCAGAGCAGAAAUGCAGGGUUGGUAAGGUCUAGUGACUGGAGGGGCAGUGAAUUUUUUUAAAAUUAUGUUCAAGUAAAGGCCUGGUUCCCCCCAGCUCUCACUGCAGGGAGCACAGUCCCUGUCCGCACGAGUGACCCCUGGGCAGCUGCCAGUGGCUUUUCUUAACAUCUAAAAUGCAAAACUUUCCCAUCUACUCCUUUGUUUGCUCGUCUCUGUAAGCAGCUGCAGGACUUCAGGUGUUGACAGGCAGUGCUGGUGCCUAGUGAUACUGCAGCAAAGGCCUCGCCUCCCUGCGGGGUCUUUGCACUGAUCACCUGUUAAAUAUUCCCUUCUUGCAUGACUGAAUCAGGGACUAGCCCCACUCUCCAAUGCAGCUUUGUACGCAGAGCGUGGCAGCCCCUGGCUGAACGGUGCAUGGGGUCGAGGUUAGCAGACUAACGCCUUGAGAGCCUUCUAGCCAUGCUUUCCUCAACGGGUGGUCGAGCACCCC